AUGUCGAGCAUACAGGUCUUCCUGCUCAUCUCGCUGGUCAUCCUUGUCGCUCUCCUCCUCAUUCUCAUCCCGAUAGCAGCACUAUCACUCACCUCCGACAACUCUCGCCACCCCCUUCGGCGCUCCCGCAUCUCUUUCACAGAAAUCCGCAACGUCAUAUCCCGAAUCCCUUUAGCACUACGCGAAUUUUUCACUGUUCCGGCGUCGGCAUCCCAUCGUGGGUAUUCGGCUGCGGGAGGACGUGGAUAUGCCGACGCCGAUGGAGGGGAUGAGUGGAUGGAGAUGCAUGCGCGAGCUGGAGAUGUGGGGGAGUUCCCGCCUGCAGCGAUCAGGAACGAAUGGGAGAGGGAUACGCUGGGCGAACUAUCUGGAAAUGCAAAGAGCCAAAAAAACGAGUUCCGCUCCACGCUUCCCCGUUGUCUCACGCUCCGUGAAAUCAAAUUGGAGGUGCCGAUCAGAUAUGCCUCUGGCGAUCCUGUCGAAUCAUGGCUGAACAAGCGUCUUUGCCCCGGUCCAUCUCCGGAUGUCCUCAUCCUUCGAACUAUGAGCGAUGAACGGAACGACAUCACGGCACGACACCACGCAGGCCGGCAUUCCCUUGUAGGGAUGGGAGGGUCAGGACGGAAUAGGAGGUUGUUGGUGGUCCUGAGCCAUCUCGAGGGGCGAGAAGGCCUGGCAGGCCUGGCAUAG